GGCUCAGACCCCCUCGGCAUCCAGCACUCUCACUCCUGGCGGUGCCACUGUCCGGACCAGAUGUUGCUGUCCGAGCCAGGAGGACAGAGAGUUUGCAGAAUUUGGAACGCGGGAGCUAGGACCCACACCCGAGUCACACCGGCGCCCUAGGAGGUUAGAGAAGGCAAGGUGGCAGGACACCCGCGUGUACAAAGCGCGUGAGCGCGCGAGUGCGCGUGUAAAAGGUGGGUGGGGGGCAUUCACCAUCUCGGACCAGAAAGGGAACCAGAGCCGCGGACUCGGCCCCAGUCACCUGUCCACCGAAGCCGGUGCGCACAGCCUUCAAGCCUGGUCCCGUCCGAUCCGGGAGAGCCAUGAUCGCUUCUCGGGGACCCUGGGCCCCGCCGCCGGAUGAGAACCUCCUUCACCCUCCUCUCUCCUUCUUACCCGGGCUCCGGUAGAACCGACGCGGGCAGACGGGGCGGCAGCAAGACCCAGCCUCCAGCGGCCGCCAGAAGCGCCAUGAAAGCGCAGCACGCGGCCAAGCCCGAUCCUCCGGCUUCCAGCGCGGGGAGCGCCGGCGGCCCCACUCCGCUUGCCCCAGCCCUGCCCGACCCCUCGAGCGCCCCUCCGUGGGCUGCGGCGCCCGCAGCGCAGCCAGGCACCCGAGCCGAGCUGCCUUCCCGCCGGUGGCCGCCCGCGGACAGGUGUCCAGCUCCGCUCGGACCCGGGCCCCGCUGCACAGACCUCUUUCACAGCUACGCCCCUGUCCCGGAACGGUCCCAGGGACUCUCGGUGCAGACUCCUGUUACACACUGUAAAUUCAACUUUACCUCCUGCCCGGGCUCCCAGCUGCUUGCUCUGCGUGCCCAGCCGUGGCUCUCCUCCGGGUGGAGCGCGGCGUCCCCAGAGCCCACAGCUCAGAGUCCGGCACCGCCCCGUGAGCCGCCCCCAGGCCGCCCUGGCCAGCGAGUCCCCGCAACGGUAGCGCGGCGCCCCCUCGUGCCCAGCGGGUCCCAGGGCGAGGCCCCUACUGUGGCUUGGGAAGCUCCAGGCUGGGCUCUUUGGGCACUGUGUGGGACCAUGGAGGGACAAAGGCACCCAAACACAUGGGUUUCUACACUCACAUUCAGCCGCACUCAAAAAGGCACACAGGUGCACACGCAUGAAUUCACAAGCUCACCAGAACUCACAUUCACCACCCAUACACACCUGAGGGGACUCAUACAACCACAUAGGCACACGCACAUGGUUUAUGCAUAAGCGCUUGAUCACACAUACAUGGGAGCUAAUAGUGCAUACAUGAGACACACUGGUGCACACCCUCACACACAGCUAUUUGUAUGGCUCAGGCCAAGUAAGGAACCCACUCGCCUAAAUUCAGAGCCCAUGCCAUUUGAAACGUGUGGACUGGCCCCUCCGAAGCCGUGCUCCAGGGGAAGGAAACAAGCUCUUUCAAACAAACUCCAGAGACAUUUAGGAUGGGAACGUAGUUUUCCAGUCUACGGACAAGUUCCAACUGUGCGAUCUGGAGAUCCAGGGCAAGCAGAGGCUCUGUGAUCCUUCCUAUGACAGGGGUAUUUAAUGGAUCCGGUGGCGGGAGGCCUCUGGUGGCCACUGUGUCACUGUUUGCAUGGAGAGGGCGAUGUUCUUUCCCAGCCUCUCUCCUGGAUUAGGCCUGGAAGAGAGAGGCGUUUUCUCCUUGGAAACCGUUCAUUGGAUUUAGAGCCCAGGAGCCCAGGCUCUACUAACUAUCCAGAGCCCAAGUCACCAAGUUCCUUCCACAGGAAAUGGCUGCUUCUGGGAUCUGUGACCUUUGAGGCAGUUCUGUUUGUCAACACAAUCUGUCCGGGGGCGGGGGCAGAUGCUCCUGGCCAGCCCUGUGGAUACUCAGUGACAGAGGUAGAAUGAACUGGGAACGCCUCUGAUGCAUUGAUAAGCAGAUUGAUAAGCGAGGUAACUCUCAGGAAGCUCUCAGCCAGCGCCCAGCUGCACACGUUUUCAUAGGCACAGACAAUCCAGGUGGGUCCUGGACCUCUUAUUGUCUGGCCCUAUACUGUUCGUCUUGGGAGGAAAUGGCCAGGUUCACCUGCACACUAGCCACCCUUUUAGACCCUCACCUUGGGCCAAGUCUCUGGGUCACAGUGACCACGCAGUGGAACUAGCCUGUUUCCCUCCCUCCCUUCUGAAGAUUGUCAUUAUCCAUUCCAGUCACCCAGCUCAUUUGCAGACAACCUUGACUCCCAGUCUCCAGGUCUUUACCUCCCACCCGGGCAGUUGUUGGGAUUCAUUUCCCUGAUGCGAUAUAAUGCUUCAGGUGGUUUUUUGUUUCUUUGUUUGUUUGUUUUGGGUUUUUUCUUUUUGAUUCUUUGAAAGGUAGAUUAUUACAAUUUGUUCCUAUUAAAUUUCACCUCAUUCAUUUUUAUUUCCCGUUUUCAUGAGCUUGUCAGGUGCUUUAGGAUCUUAGAUUUACCCUGUUGCCUUGUCUCCUUGGACAGAUACAAACUUGACUGGUUGCCUGGCGCAUCCUCAGUACGGGUCUUGUGCUGCAACAAGGCCCUGCACGAGAGUGCAGUCGGUGUUUCUGACAAGAACCAACUUCUGUGGGCCCAGAUGUCAGUGUCGGUGCUGGUCCCCACUUGGCUAUUCUAUCGGUCCAGUAUUUCCUAUGUGUUUUAGAGGGAUGCCAGCAUUGAUAUACUGUCCUCCGAAACUGAAAUAUAAUUGGUGGCACAAUUAAACUUUCGAGUCUACUACCAGUAUUGUACACAUACCAAAACAGAACAGGAAAGCGGCCCUAGUGUGAUUUCAUCACCGGUGUCCACCACUCCGAUUUGGUGUUUUGGAGAUCAGUGCAAGUAAGCUCCUAUGCCUGGGUUGCAUAGGAGUCGGUGUGUCCUUGCCCUCUCUCUGAGUGUCCUUGUGUGUACACCGAAAACAGUGGCAAGAAGUCCAUGUUGUUUCCUUUGGUAAUCUAGUGAGUUAUUGGGAAUGCCAGACUCACUGUAAGCAGAAAAAAAAAAAAAAGCUUGCAAAACACUGAAAUAAAAAGUUACA